UAAAUUGACAAUCAUGAUUUCAGGAUAUUAAAAAGAGCAUGGGCAUUUAGGAGCACCAAUUAUGAGACAUUACAAGGUGUAAAUGGGAAAAUGGAGUUGCAGCAUGAAGUUAAAUUCUUCAUUACUUUGUACCAUCAUGGCAGAACAUUCCACAACUAAUUACAAGAAAACUGUGGGAAUCAAUUCCCUGUUUAGAGAAUGUCAAAAACUGAAUAGGACUGAUAUUUGAGUUCCUGUUGACAAUGCAGACUACACAAGAAUAAUAUUCGUCAAAAACAAAAGCUUCAGCUGCUGACCAUGAUAAACAAUACAG